UAACAAAAAAACAAACAAACAUUUACUCUCUUUAUUAGUAGUAUUAGUAUCACAUCACAUCACAACAACAAACAAAGUUGUAUUUUUCCUUUCGUGAAUUAGGGUUUUACAAAUUCCCAAUGUUUAAUCCAUAAAAAAUUCAAUCGGAAUCUGUCACCGGCGAUCAAUGUCAACCUCAUCGGCGUUUUUCGUCAUCUGCAUUCUUCACUCAAUAAUCGCAAUAACUUCAGGAGCUCUAAUGAUGUUUUACAUGAAAGAAGUUUACACUUUCGGUCACGGCGUUCAAACGGCAACAAAGCUUCUUGGAUCUACACCGCACGAUCAACUUCUAAUCAAAACCUCCGAUUCGUUCUCCGGUUUACUCCUUAUUGCUAUUGGUUUUCUUCUCUUCAUGGUUUCGUUUGUUAAGGAUCGUGAUUUUCAACACUUUUUUGCUAAGGGUUGUAUUUUGUUACAUGUUUUUAUGGCUUUGUGGAGGAUCUAUUUUGAAAGGAAAGUUGAAGAUCUUGCUUGGGAUUGGCUUAGACAAACUGUUGGUGAUAUUCUCUUAUCACUUUCUUGGGUUUUCUUUCUUAUUUACUCUUGGAGAGAGAAGUAUGAUUAGUUUUUAUUUUUCUUAUGAUUAUGAAUUUUCUGUUUUUAAUUUACUCUGUAAAAAUCAGACGAAAUCAUAUGAUUUCUUAUCAAAUCGGUAUUUAAAUGGUACAUUAUAAGUUGUGAAUUACUUUGAUUUGUUAUUGUGAGUAUCAUACAUGAUUGUUUGUGACUUUGUAACUUCAGUCAAGUUUGAAUUGUUCAUUCAAUUGUUAUCA